AUGACAGAACUCGAUCGCUUCUGCUGGCAGUACCUCCAGCUCGAACAGCGGCUCGACUACCCAAGCCCAAAGUCACUACGCACAGAGGAAUGCCAGUCGCGACUGUUUUCGCGCCUCUUCGCGCCGGGAGCGCUGCCCCACCCGCCUCCGCACCGGUACCAGCUCCGGGUGCUCAAGGAGCUCGUGGGCCGGAUCGAGGCCAGCAUUGAGGACUGGGAAGAGCAUGGCAUCUCGGACGACCUAGCAACAGCUUUGACGGCGCUCAUGUCGCAGCCUACCCCGUCAGAGGCGACCGCGGCGCAGCAAAAGAGCUACGUGACCUACCACCUCUCGCUGCUCGACCAACCCGGCAGCAGCAGCAGCAGCAGUAGCACCAAGUGCAUCACCCUCCUCGAGAACCGCCAUCUGAUCGCGGCGUCCGGCACGACGGGCCUGCGCACCUGGGAGGCGGCGCUGCACCUGGGCCAGUACCUGUGCCUGCACGCCGACUCGCUCGUCUCGGGCCGUCGCGUGCUGGAACUGGGCGCCGGCACGGGAUACCUGUCGAUGCUGUGCGCGGCGCACCUGGGGGCGGCGCACGUGGUGGCCUCGGACGGCAGCGACGACGUCGUGGCCAACCUGCCCGAGGGGGCGUUCCUCAACGGCCUCCAGCAAGACGGUGGUGGUGGUGGUGGUGGUGGUGAUGCUGCUGCAGCUGCCGCAGCCGUGCAGCCCAUGGAUCUCAAGUGGGGCCACGCGCUGGUCGGGACCGAGGACGAGCGGUGGAACGGCGGCGAGCCGGUCGACCUCGUGCUGGGCGCCGACGUGACCUACGACGCGGCCCUCGCGGCCCCGCUGCUCGCCACCAUCGCCGACCUCGUGGCCAUGUUCCCCGCCGUGCAGGUGCUCAUCGCCGCCACCGAGCGCAACAGCGCCACCUACGCCGCGUUUCUGGACGCCGUCGCCAUGUCCCGAGACGUUGCGCUCCUGGAGGAGGUGGCCUUUGACGUCGAUGGGUCCAGGGGCCCGUUUUUCCCGGACAAUGUUCCCAUUCACAUCUGUCGGCUCGGACGGAGGGUUUAA